GCGCUCCGCCCCGCCGCCCCCGGCCGCCGCAGCGAUUCCGGGCCAGGCCCCGCGCCCGCCGCCCGGAGCCGCCAGCGCCGCGCAGGCAGCCGCAGCCUCGGCCGGGCUGGGGACAUGGUGACGGGAUGGCCCGGGCCGGAGACGCCUUCCCGCUGCACCUGCUGGCCUGGCACAACCGGCAUCAGGCGCUGGAGAGCGAGCUGCGUACGGGGCAGCACGAUAUCGAGUUGAUCGACCCACGGGGCCGCACACCCCUGGAGCUGGCCGUGUCGCUGGGCAACCUUGAGUCGGCCCAGGUGCUGCUGCGGCAUAAUGCCAAUGUGGGCAGGGAGAAUGCCAAUGGCUGGACAGUCCUGCAGGAGGCCGUCAGCACCGGGGACCCUGAGAUGGUGCAGCUGGUGCUCCAAUAUCGCGACUACCAGCGUGCCACUAACCGCCUGGCUGGCAUCCCCGAGCUGCUCAACAAACUGCGCAGGGCCCCUGAUUUCUACGUGGAGAUGAAGUGGGAGUUCACCAGCUGGGUGCCCCUGGUCUCCAAGGUGUGCCCAAGCGACGUGUACCGGGUGUGGAAGCGCGGCGAGAGCCUGCGGGUCGACACCACCCUGCUGGGCUUCGAGCACAUGACCUGGCAGCGCGGGCGGCGCAGCUAUAUCUUCAAGGGGGAAGAGGAGGGUGCCGUGGUAAUGGAGGUGGAUCAUGACAAGCAGGUGGUCUAUACAGAGACGCUGUCGCUGGCCCUGCACGAGCCGGAGCUGAUGCUGGCUGCCAUGCAGCCCACCGAGGAGCAUGUGGCCAGCCGGCUGACCUCGCCCAUCGUCUCCACCCACCUCGACACCAAGAACAUCGCCUUCGAGCGGAAUAAGUCUGGGAUCUGGGGCUGGCGCUCGGAGAAGAUGGAAGUGAUCAGUGGCUAUGAAGCCAAGGUUUACAGCGCCAGCAACGUGGAGCUCAUCACUAAAACAAGAACCGAGCACCUGUCGGACCAGGACAAAUCCCGCACCAAAGGCUCCAAGACACCCUUCCAGUCCUUCCUGGGGAUUGCCCAGCAGCAUGCCUCCCACAACGGGGCCCCCGUGCUGCAGUCCGCCACCCUCACCAACCCCACGGCCAUCACCCCGGAGGAGUACUUUGACCCCAGCUUCAACCUGGAGGCCCGCAACAUUGGCCGCCCUAUCGAGAUGUCCAACAAAGUGCAGAGGUUCAAGGCCACACUGUGGCUAUGCGAGGAUCACCCCCUGUCACUGGUGGAGCAGGUGACGCCCAUAAUCGACCUCAUGGCCAUCAGCAAUGCCCACUUCGCCAAGCUGCGUGAUUUCAUCACCCUCAAGCUGCCACCCGGAUUCCCUGUCAAAAUCGAGAUCCCCCUCUUCCAUGUGCUCAAUGCACGAAUCACCUUCAGCAACCUGUGCGGGUGUGAUGAGUCGCUGAGCUCCGUGCGGGUCUGUAGUCCUGCCCCCAGCUCCUCUCCAGGGGACGCCAGAGAGCCAGCUGCAGGGGCAGAGGCGGCCCCCAACCCCAAAGUGUUCCCAUUCCCCUGCGAGGUGGACUCGGUGGUGUUCGAGGUGCCGCAGGGCUACGCUAUGCUGGGCGCUGGCCGCAACGAGCCCAUGCGGGACGAGGAUGACGACCUGCUGCAGUUUGCCAUCCAACAGAGCCUGCUCGACGCUGGCACCGAGACUGACCAGGUGACUAUCUGGGAGGCGCUGACCAACACGCGCCCAGGCUCCAACCCCCCUUCCUAUGACGAGGAGUUGCAGCUGGAGCGCGCCAUCCAGGAGAGCAUAUUCCUGCAGUCGGGGCAGGGCAUGACUGCGACUGAGUCUGGUGGCGGAGGCAACGGCAACAACAGCACCGUCCCUCCCGAGGACAGCCCGGCACCCAGCACCAAUGGCUCCUCCUCCUCGGCCCUGCCUCCGUCGGCCUACCCCAGCUUCGACGAGCAGCUGCGCCUGGCCAUGGAGCUGUCAUCGCGGGAGCAGGAGGAGCAGGAGCGCCGGCGGCGUGAGGAGGAUGAGGAGCUGCAGCGCAUCCUCCAGCUCUCCCUGACGGAGAAGUAAUGCCCCACCUACCAGCAGGGGGCCCUGAACCCAGCCUCCCCCAAGACUCCCAGGGGCUCCCCAGUGCCCUGGCUUUGCUGUUGUAUUUUUAACCUUGAGGGGGGUACCCGUCCCAUUCCCCACCCCCUGUCUUGCAGGGGUCAGGACUGGACUUGACGAGACACCCUCUGCCUUUCCCAGGGCUCUUAGUCCUGCUGCCUCUUGGGUCUUAUUUAAUUUAACUCUUUUUUUUUUUAUGGUUAUUCUAUUCCCCCUGCCUGGUGGAGGAAAGUUUUGUAUGGCUAGGAGGAAACUGAAGAAUGAGGGAACAGAGGAAAUGAGGAGCAACAGAGUGGCAGAGGCUAAGGAGAACCCUCGGCUAUAGAGAAAGCAGUUUCCAACUGGACUCUUUAAUACAUAUUGGUGGAGGUAGUGGGAUUCUGAAACUGGGCAUAAUACACACACACACACUGACUGUGUCCUGUCAGCCCACGUGGGCAAUAGGGGUGAGGGCAACGAAGGGGGUGGAGUUAGAGGUGAUGGGACAGGGCCAGAAACCUGAUGACUAGGGUGGGGAUGCUACAUUCAUGGGAGCGGUGGGAUGUGGCACUCAAAUAGAAGCAGGGCCAAUAAUUUUCAGUCCUGUGUUUCGCCUCCCAAACCCCCUGUGCGUAGCUGCCAUGUCCUCUCCUGCCUGUUUAAUUUAUUUUAUUUAUAUCUCUGCAGCUCUAGAAUGGGGAGGGCGAAGGGUGGGUUUUGGUUUUUUAACUCAACUCCAAAGGUUGGAAAGGGAACAGCUGCAUUGAACGGUGGCUCCUGGCACCCGCAGGGGCUGGGUGCGGGCCUCUGUGCAGCAGGAACCAUGAAAUAAAAAGGAGAAACCAACCAA